UCGCAUUUUAUUACACAUUACAUCGCGACACGUGCGAACACUCGUGAUAUUACUUUUGAUAAGUACCGAGUAUUAGUAAGAUGUCUUACUAGAGCUAGAUUUUUUAUUAUUAUUAUCAAACAAAUAUAUAUAUAUUUUUUGUUGGAUUAAAAAAAUAAAACAACGUACUUAUUAUUAUCAUUUUUUUAUUCUAGUUAUAGAAUAUUAACGCGUAAAAAUAAUUAUAUAAUUUAAAAACACGUGUACGAGGUUCAUUUGUUUUAAGCUGCAUUUAAAUAAAUUCAUUUUCUUUGUCACGUAGUAAUUUAUCAGCGAGGCAAGAUGGUUUCCUCGACGACUGUUGAUGAAGGUGAAACCCCGGUGACAGUAAAACCAUCGCCGGGAGCUAGAGGAAUUUCUCCGGGUAACUACCGGCUCGUGGGAUGGGAUAUGGACACGACAGGAAAAAAACUAAUUGACGAAAUUUGUCAGAUUGCUGGUUACACCAGCAGUUCAUCAUUCAGUCAGUACGUGAUGCCUUUCAAAAAUUUAUCCCCACCGGCACGUAAAAGACACAGUUUGAAAAUUGUUACUGUCGGUAAAUACCGUAUUAUGAAAAACUCUAAAACUAACAAGGUUUUGAAGACGAAAAGCGAAAUUUCAGCUCUGCAUGAUUUCUUAACAUGGCUAGAAACAGUUCAAGGCGAUGCUAAAGACGGUGUUAUUUUAGUCCAUCACGAACCCCGUAAAGUUAUCCCAUCAUUGGUUUUGUCUUCAUUGAUGAAAUACAAACUCCUCGACCGAUUCAAGACAACCGUCAAAGGAUUUAUCAACGGUUUCGAGGUUGCCAGUUGUAAAUGUGCCAAUACAUUGCAGGCUUUUUCGCUGAGAACAUUGUCUCGAGUGCUGCUGAAUCAGAAGGAAGACAUGGAAUUAGAUAAUGCAACAAUUCGCGCACGACUUGCAUUACAAAUAAUUCAGCAUCUAAGCAACGGAGAAGAAAACGCCCCGACUACCGAAGGCAAAGGAGACAGUGAGGCUGCUUCAGAAGCAACCGUUGAGUUCGUACGUGAAUUUGUCGAGCCAGUUGAGUCUGAGGAAGACGAGUACGAAGUAUUAAAGCAAGUACUUGAACGUCAAUUCACUUUGAAACCCAUCUUCAAACCUUUAAUGGAGAUAACUCGUCGAGAACGUCAACACGCAACUCCACUUCGCCGAUUACUGGCUGAAGCUGGGAUUGAUUAUGAACAACUUAAGAAUGUCUGGGCGAGUGACAAAAUGAAAGCCAUGGAGCAACUGAUCAAAGACAAACUGACUAAAGCAACUGACAAAGAAAAAUCGGAUCUUUUGGACAUCCUAGAGAGUCACUUUGAUCCCGAAAAAGAACUUGAAAUAAAACUCGAGUCACUAGAUAUUAAAAAGAAGAGAUCCGGGUCAAAAAAAUCACGUAACAAGGAAAAUAAAGAUAAGGAUAAUAACAAGAGUGUCUCGGAGACAGAGAGUCCAGACACAACGACGAUGCUCACCCCGGAUAAAAUAAAGACUGAAUCCUCACCCGCUACUACCGAAGAUGAAGUUACUCCUAAGAAAAACUAAUUAAUAUAAGUAUCGCUAAUUACUUAUAUAAAUAUAUAUACAUCAGUGCCUUACUAGUGACUUAAGAUAUUACAGCUAAGAAAUACUAUAACCAUUUAUUUUUACAUCGUGUUGCAAAAUACUCCGAGAUAAAGUUUUACAAAAAGCGUUAAAAAAACUGCUAAUGAUAAAUAUUAAUUUAGUUAAUACUACAAAGUUAAAGACGAGUCACGAAUUGAAUUCAGACUCCGUUAUUUGAUAUUUUUAAAAAAUAAGUUUUUUUUUUCCAAGAUUUAUAUUUUUUUUUUGUUUUUCGUAUUAACUAAUUUUCUAAAUGAUUAAUAUUUAUAAUUAAAACGCGAGUUCUAGUUGACUAGACCAAUGUACGUAAUGAAAGUACUUAAUUUUUUUUUUUUUUUUUGAGAUUUAUUUAUAAUUAAGUAAAUCGUAAAGACAAAUAAGUGAUUUAUUGAAUUGAUAAUAAUAAGUAUCGUUAUUUGAGGUGUUAAAGUGAUUAAUAGAUAUUAUUAAUAUUGAUAUUAAAUAUUAAUAUCUGUAAAUGAUAAAUAUCUAGUUGUGUUGGAUCUCAUUGUAUUAAUAAAUUUAUUAAUAUAAUAAAUCAUUGAUUGAAAAGCAGUAGCAUUAAUUACA